CCUAUUCUUAUAACUAUAAAGGACAUUCGUGUCUUCUUAGGGUUUACUAGGUUUUAUAGGCGCUUUAUUAAGAAUUAUUUAAAGAUUACUAUACUACUAACAAAUCUCUUUUAUAGUAACGCCGCUAGUACUGUUAUACUAAGUUCCGAAGCCCUAGAAGCCUUCUACAAGUUACGACUAGUCUUUGUAAAGGCCUCUUUCUUACGUUACUAUAACCCUAAACUACUUACGCGCGUAGAAAUAGAUAUAUCUACUACUUACAGGCUGACUACUCUUAAUUUAAGAGAUAGUUAA